AUGAACCGCGGAUCCGGCCCCCAAAACAUCUUUCGCACGCUCGAGCGUUUGCGACAGCAGGCUCAGCAGGCAUCGCAGCAGUUCAACAAUGCAUCCAAGCCCGGAGGAAGCAGCGGUGGUGGCAGCUCGGGAGGCGGAGGAAGGGGUGGCCCGCCCAACCUCGCCAACAUUCUAGGUGGAUCGGCUGGUGUCGUCGCUCUCGUAGCGCUCGGAUUCGGUAUCAACAUGUCGCUCUUCAACGUCGAUGGUGGUCACAGAGCCAUUAAAUACUCGCGCUUGUCAGGUAUCAAGGACACCAUCUUCAACGAAGGUACCCAUUUCAUGAUCCCCUGGUUCGAGAAGCCCAUCGACUACGAUGUCCGUGCCAAGCCGCGCAGCAUUGCCUCGCUUACCGGUACCAAAGAUUUGCAGAUGGUCUCGCUCACCUGCCGUGUGCUCUCGCGUCCGCGCGUCGAUGCGCUCCCCACCAUCUACCGCGAGCUCGGCGCCGACUACGACGAGCGCGUCCUGCCCUCGAUUGUCAAUGAGGUGCUCAAGUCGGUGGUUGCUCAGUUCAAUGCCUCGCAGCUCAUCACGCAGCGAGAGAUGGUUUCGAGACUCGUACGCGACAACUUGACCGCGCGCGCACAGCGUUUCAACUUGGUGCUCGACGAUGUGUCUAUCACGCACGUCUCGUUCUCGCCCGAAUUCACUCACGCUGUCGAGGCCAAGCAGAUUGCACAGCAGGCCGCGCUCCGUGCCGCUUUCCUCGUCGACCAAGCUAUCCAGGAGAAGGCUUCGAUCAUUGUCAAGGCGCAGGGUGAGGCCAAAUCCGCCGAGCUCAUCGGAGAGGCUGUCAAGAAGAACAAGGGUUUCCUCAAGCUUCGUAAGCUCGAAGCGGCUCGUGACAUUGCUACCAUUCUCUCGCAGGCCGGCUCCAACAACAAGGUCUUGCUGGACGCCGACACGCUCUUGCUCAACGUCGCCAACGAGGAUCCCACUCAUUCCUAG